GCAAACCCAGCAGAGGUCGUCUUCCUCUCGUGCAUCAGUCCUUAUAAUAACGCGCCUCAUCACCAGUUCGCCUGCAUACGCUGGCUUGGACACACGAUAUUUUUUCCCAAUCAAAAGCAGCCGAUUUUCCGUCGCAGCAUCAUUGAUAUAAUAGCGGGAUUAUAGGAUUGACGCUGCUGAAGAUGCGUUUGAUGAAGCGCGCUAGACAAGCCGGUCCUGUAACGCGCGCGUGAUUGAUGUGGUGGUCACGGUUGCUUCUGAAUGCGCUUUACAGACGCAUCGCCUUUAAAGUUUCAAUGCUGACAUAGAGCAGAAAAACAGUGGAGAGAAGACCUCAGUUUAAGGAACUGGAAAGGAUAGAUCAAAUGUCUUUUUCGGGACCUUUCGGCCUAUUGCUGAAUUUAUCUCUAGCCAGAUGGCCCCAAGAAAUGCGCGUAACAAUUUCUACAUUUUGGGCUCCGGUAGCGGGAAUGGCAACGCUGGAACCCAAGGCAUGUCGGAAUGGAUAGGCUUGUCCUUGUGCCGAAAAUGUGUUGACUUGAACGGAGUGUGGACCAGGUGUCUGAUAUCUGUUGGAAUUACACUGCUUCUGGUGCCGUCCAUAUUUGCCAUAGACGAUGAAGCAAGACUCGAGGCGUCAGGACAACCCCUCAGUCCUUCCCAGGUUCCCACCGGAGCGCCAAACAUCACAGUCUCUUCAUCGCUGCUGGAGGACGAAGACUUCGCCUCGCAGUUCCACUCCCCACCAGCGAGGGCAGAAAGCACAAGGGAGCAGCCUGUGUUCGCCUCAGUGCAGACCCUGCAGGUUGCAGAGACACAGCCUAAGGCGCUGGUGCAUUCUCUGCCCUCCCCACCCGGCAACAGUGACAAUCGCACCAAUCAAAAGUCCCCUGGGGAGCUGGCCGUCAGAGUGCCAAAUCCACCGUCCCCGGCACAUAAAAUCAACAGUGUCUUGACCACUAGCUCAGACGAGACUCUUAGUGAAUUCCCCAGGAACCCUGAUCUUCCCACCGCCCCGGGAUCCUCUUUUAUGAUUGUGGCAGAGACAGAUGCUGCACUCUCUGACAAUGUGACAACUUCGGUCUCAAUUUCCGCUUUUAACGGCACCUCUCCUGAAAGAGCUGAAAACGCUUCAUCCGGCGCUUCAGCAAGCAGCAACUCCCACACUGUGACCAGCGACAGUCUGCAGCUCACCACAGUGACCACCACGACUGUCACGCCCUUGACUGUGACAUCGACGACUGUGACUCUGCCCACUGCCGUCGUUGUGGCGAAAGAGGUCGCGACCACCGUGCCGACCACGACAGCCACCCAGACCACAACAACCGAGACGGAACCACCGACGACAGCCACCACUACCACUACGACAACAACUACCACCACCACCACAAAAGUAGCACCAACAACCACCAAAACACCCACAACCACUUUAGCAACCACGACAACGACAACCCCUCGUCAAACCACCGCUGUAUCUACCUCUGGAAGUACCACGACUAAACCGAGCAGCCCUCCAACUGACAGUUCACCUUUGACCUGUAAUGUGACCGAGAGAUUAUGGGUGAAAACAGUGUUGUCCAUCCAGAUGCGACGAAAUCGCCUAGAAGCUGGAAUGAGACAGGACCUGUCUAAAGGUAUCACGCAGGCACUUCAGAGAGCCUUCAACGACAGCAACAUCCGUGUUCAGUUGGAAAGAGAUAUCUGCACGCCUUCUAAUGUGACUGUGGGCUACUACGUCUUGAGAGGGAAGUCUGUGUUGGUGGCCUCUGUUGUGAUGGACACAUUAGUUUCCUAUGGCUUUGACAAGCUACUGAAUGACAUCAGAGAGUAUGUUCCCGUGGUGUUGGCCAUCCCCAAUCCUGUGGCCCCAUGGUUGCCCAGCCUAGGCAUCCACCUGCAACUCAAAACGGUUCUCAGGUUUGUUGGGCCAAUGGACAACAUCAAGUCUUGCGGCUUCAUCCAAAUGAUGGAGCAACGAUUGGAAAAUGUGUUUGCUGAGGCGCAGGAGAAAGUGGAGGACUCUUAUGGGACUCUUUCUGUUGAGAUUCUGAACACGUAUCAAACUGGGAAUUCGUUGGCAGUCACUCUUGUGUAUGUGGUGUGGAACGGUAGCACUCCGUUGAACGGUACUGUGUCCAGCGGUCUCCUUAACCAGCUCACUGCCGAGCUGGUGGGCUACUUUCUCUUCUUCCCCCCUCUGAUCAUCGCUGAGCCUCUAGAGUACCACAACCUUAACACUUCAGUAGCAACCCGAGAUUACUGGGUAAUCACAGUAAUUCAGGAUGUUGACAGCUCUUCUCUUGAGGGGAGUUAUCAGAGCUUUGCUAGUCUAAUGGAGCAGCGGCUGGCAGAGCUCUUUCUGGUUGCCAGUCGACGCGGCCUCCGCUUCAGGAGAGCCACAACUGUGGGCGAUUACACCGUCCAGAUGGUCAGCAUUCGGCGGCUGUCUGGUCCUAAAAACCCAGCUGAAAUGACCUACUACAUACAAGUAGAUGGCUCUCCCAUAACUGGCAGUGCUGCAGCUAAGACCCUCAACACGGUGGACUCUCAGACCAUGGCUCUCACUCUGGGCUACUUCGUCCAAGUUCAAGCAGAGCCGGUGGUCAAGAGUCUGCCUAGUAACCUCUGGAUACUGGCGGUCCUGAUUCCUGUAUCGCUGGUGAUGGUUGUGGUGUUUAUGGCGGUUGUUGUCAUAUGCAGGAGAAACCGAACCGUAUUCAAGACCAGCGCGUUUCGCAAUUUUCAUCCCCGCACCAAGACCUCAUAUCGAAGAGAUGGGAGUUAUCACCACCAGCCCGUGCAGGGUUUCGACUACGCCAAGCAGCACAUGGGCCGGCCAGGUGAGGAGGCUCUCACUGUCACCAAGGAAACACUCGUCCUGUCCCUCCCGGUACGGGACGCCCCCCUUACACAAGACAGGGUGGCGGCAUUACAAGAUGGUACGGCCUCAAAAAGACCCCAGUCGACAGAGAUGCAUCUCAGCAGGUUGCCAAGCGAGGACGGCUCUGUUUCGAGCAAUGAAUCUGGAAAGCUGAACACGGGCAGAAGCUCCACAGCUCGGAGAUCAACGGCACAAAAAGCACCCAAAGAAGAGCAGCACACGAGAAAUGACCAUUAUGACUCUCUAACUGGCUCUCUACGCCUCAUCACCAUCAAGCCUAUGGCUGCCCCACUCAACUAUUCCUAUCCUGACUCCUCCAAUCACAGCCAAGACUCUGUCAUCCUGAAUGGAGAGGUCAACAUGGGGCUGAAGCAGAAGUCGGACAUCGAGCAUUACCGGAAUAAGCUGAGGUUAAAAGCUAAAAGGAAAGGUUACAGUGACGGGCCGGUCACUAGCAGCAGCGGCAGUGGCAGCAGCCACAUGUACAGCCAUCGAGACCGGAUGAGGCGAGAGAACGCUUCCCUGGACCUGGAAGAUCUGAGGGGGCCGAAGGAGGACAGGAAACCCUCCACUUACGUAAAGUACCGCAGGAGUGACUCCCACAGGGAACCUGCAUACUGGAGCAGACAGUCUCUGAACACCCCGAGCCCUGUAGAGACAGAGAUGGACAUGCUGGUCAUGAGGGAGAGAUCUGGGAGGGGCAUCCGUAACAGCGGCUACGAUGGUGAGCCCGAGCCAUUUGAAGAGACAGAUGUGGACCGCCUUCUGAGUUCCUUGGGUUUCGGCGGUGGUCACCAGGUCAAAGGCCACUCCGACUCAUCCACCCUGAGCUCGCAGCCCUCGAUCGAUGAAGUGAGGCAGCAGAUGCACCUCCUCUUGGACAACGCCUUUGGUUUGGCCUCUGCUGAGCCAACUUCGAGCAACCACCACCACCACCAUCACCACCACCCUCACAGUCCGUACAACCCCAACCAUGGUAGUCCUUACCUGGACGGAGUUACCAGUGCACCUGGGACUAUGAACCACCCCAGUGGAGCUCUACAGCGCGGCUCCUCCUUUGGGCCGGAUAUGCACCAGUGUAGCCUCCCCAAACCAGGGUUCAGGUUUACCCAGCUGCCUGAUAUGGGUUUGGGUUCCCCGCCACCCCUCAUCCCUCCAAGAGGUGGAGCCCCACCUGGUACUUCACUUAGAUGCUCCACACCAGACACCAGCCUGAAGCCUAGGGUCUCUGAGGCCUCAGAGAUGAGUCAGCACAAUGGCACCCCCUACCUGCCAAUCAACCGAGCUCCUUUCCCUGCUGUCACUGUCGACGAGUCUAUGACAAGCUACUCAGGAAACCCAAUGACAGCAGUAUAUGCCAUAUCUGCCAACCGGCCCGGCUACUCGGACUACUUCGUCCUGUCUCCACCGUCCUCCUACCGAAGCCCGUCUUGGAUGUCCUACCCUCCAGAGCCAGAGGACCUUCCACAUCAGUGGAAUGACACGGUAAAGAACCAGUGUCACCUGGAGACCAUCUGCUGAAUUGGAGUCCUUUCUGAUGUUGAGCAGACACAGUAAUUUACCAGGGGUUUGAACCACCAAAAAGAAUCGUCGCCUACUCUGAAAUUUCGGAUUCAGCGGCCCCAACCGACCACGAUGCUCGGCCGAAUGGCCAGACCCACAAGCCACAAACUCACCUGCCAGCCUAAGCGAGAUGCAGCACCCGUUAUUAAUCAACGUCUACAGUGAGGGUAAAUCACCACAACUACCAACAGGUCGCCUCACUGGCCAAAACUGUGUUUUCUUAAAGCUUUUUCAAACUAAGAAGUGUUGUAUCUAAUGCAGGUGGUUUUAUGUGUGUUUUAAACACCCAAGUUACUAAUAACAAAAAACUAAAAUGUGUUUUUUUCCGUCUUGGGCUUUCCUUGCUUCAUCGAUGCCUAUCUGUGUCUUUUGCUCUCAUUCAUGCAUUUUUUUAAAGAAACGGAUAUUAUUGCAGGCGAUUCUUUUCGUGCACUCCGUAUAGCUUACGUAAAAAAACAACGAUGACGAUGAAUGAUAAAAAAAGACAUCAAACAUUUGGAGGGAUGCGACAUCCUGUACUGUAUUUACUGUAGUCACAAUGCAAAAAAAAAAUUAUAUAUAUAUAUAUAUAUAUAUAUAUAUAUAUAUAUAUAUAUAUAUAUAUAUAUAUAUAUAUAUAUUUAUAUAUUUAUAUAUAAAUAAUAGUAUAAGCUUUUUCUUUUUUUAAAAAUGCCAUAGUUUAUGCUGUAAUAAAGUGUUUCACAAUGCACAACUGUUCAUGAAAGGCAUGAAACGUUUAGGUUUGACGUGGGAAGAUAGCCAUAAAGGUUUAGUGGACAAAGAGAUUGAUAAAUGAUGGAUAGAUGAAGGGAUUCAUAUUUUUACUAGCCUUUUUGUAACUACUGAAAGAGUAACUAUAACUACAUAUUUUAUUGUCUUAUAAAAGGUACCAAAACACACACACACACACACACACACACACACACACACACACACAUAUAUAUAUAUAUAUAUAUAUAUAAUAUGAAAUAAAAUAUGCAGCAUACACCAAAAUUGACUUGAAAUGUGAUUUAGAAUAUAUUGAUCAUAUAAAAUCUAAUUAAAACUGUAGUAUACUAUCUUAAUAAGACAUUAAUUCAAUAUAACUAAGCAAGUACAGUGUUACAGAAGUAAGAUUGGCAUGUGCUCUUAAGAGAAUGAGUCUAAUGCAUGUAGUCUGGACAUAUGAUUCAUAAGGGCUUUGUAUGUCAAGUAAGUCCCAUAUUUUCUUUGGGCAGUUAUUGGAUGGAAAUCUAUUGUAAAAAGGUUAGUCACAGCAGAAGUAUCCCAUUAAAUAGACGCUACCUUUCAGUGUACUUUACAAACCUUUCCUUGUUUUGGUUAAGGCCCAUUUGCAGAAUGAAUCAAGGUACAUAAUCGGAUUUUGAAAAAUACAUAAUGUGUUGUGUAAAUUAUUACAAAUGCCACUACCAUUUGAUUUGUGUUUAAAUAAAUGUUGUCCUUUCUGUUUAACUUCGGUGGUGCAGGGGAUGUGCAAAUAUCUAUCAUGUAAUUGUUCCUUUUUAAAGCAUUUUCUUUUCAUAUUUUUAUAUCAACUGAAUUACCCUUUUUUGGCCAACAAUGGAGGACAUUAUGCUAAAAACUGUAAGAUAUUGUGCUUCAAAUGUAAAAAAGAAAAAAAAAAUUGCCUCGUUGUGAACCUAUGUGAGAAAAUUGUGUAAUAUUCAUUGUGUACAUCAUCAUAACAAAUAAGAUGUUGACUUCUUUUCCUACUUAUACAACACUAAACAACUCCAUAUUUGCCAGAUGUACUGUAUAGUUUCCUUUGUUCCUGUAAAAAAAAAAAAGAUUCGCUUUAAACGUGCUACUUGUUAUUUGAAUUUUUUUCUGAUUAUUUUAUUUAGCAUAACAUGUAAAAUAACCAUCAUUAUAGUGGUUUAACGCUUUGAAGGACUCAUUUUUUGUGGGUUACACACUGAAUAAAAUCUAAUAAAAACUAAGAAACAUUUGAUCGUUUAAAAAAAAUGAUAAAAUGGCUUAA